AUGGUUCCCGAUCCAAUCCCUAGAGGCGGCAACUCUGGCCUUUGUCGGCCACUUAUGGGGAGGCUGGCGCCGCGAGAUCGACCGUUCAUCAUUUCCCUCGUCAUUGCCCUGGUCGUCGAGAUCCCCAUUGCUGUUUUCUUAUCAUUCUGGGGCGCCGGGGCCUUCGCUCGCUUUUGGGCUAGCCGGACAAAAUAG